UGUGAGCGUGCCCAUAAAAAAAGGUUCAACUUCUCGCAGUAACAGUUCGUUUUUCUGAAUGAAUCGAGGGUUCUGUGUGUUUUUUUGUUUUUUUUUAGUGGAAACUAUUUAUUUUGGUGUGAAUGUUUCCCCCCCGAUGAGCUCCUGAAAUCGGCUUUUUUUAAUUUUGUCAUCAUGGACUCUGUUGUUGUAUAGCCAUUCUAUACAUGUGUGUACUUCUCACUUAGUGCAACCUAUCGUAAAGUAAUGGCUUUUAGAGCAUUUACACACACACACGUCUAUGAAAAGCAAUCAGCCACAAAAGAAAAGGACAAAUCCAGCAUACAGUGCAUCGAGUACUAUGACCGAAAUGUGUAUAUAGGGACCAAAGAUGCAACAGUCUUGCAUCUCAUCCUUCCCAGUGGCACAGAUGGAGACCCGAGUGUUGGCCAGAGCAAAAUUAGAGAGUGUAGGGUGAGAAAACUAGGCUCAAGCACCCAAGUAGCCCAACUGAGGGUAAUCCCAAUUUUCAACCACCUUCUGGUCCUGUGGGACCGGAGCGUUAUGGCCCUCAACAUGUUUUCCUUAGAGCCUGUUCCCGCCCUCAAGAAGAUCCCGCAUGUGCAUUUGUUUGAGGUGUGCAACUCGUUGCUCGAAGCCCAGGCAGCAUGUGUGGAGAUGGUUACUUCCUCCAGCCGCAGGAAGCUGAUCCGAAUCCACGUGGUGGGAGUGGACAGGUGGGACGUUGUAAGAGAAGUCCCUCUGCUCCAGGAUCCUGUGGCCUUGGCAGUGGAUGGCGCCUGCGUGUGUGUAGGUACCAGCGACAGGUAUCUCCUCUAUGAUGUUCGGACCGGGAGCAGUGAGGAGCUUUUUCCUCACAAUCACAGCAGGCAGCGAGUCAUUGUAACCUCAAUGGGACGAGGGGAAUUCCUCCUGAACGGGCCUGAAUCUUUGGGCAUGUUUGUGAUGAAGACAGGGAUCUGCCAGCGCCCUCCCCUGCAGUGGCCUCAGGAGGUGCUGGCAGCCGGAGUAUGUUUCCCUUACAGCGUAACCCUGCAGCCCGAAGUGCUGUCUGUCUACAGCAUGGUAGAUCAGCAGUGCAAACAGACUGUGAGUCUCAGCGGAGCGAUUGGUCUGCUCUGCACAUCAGAUGGUGUGUUAGUGUUCACAGAGAGAGACAUUUUCAGCCUGCGUCUAGUGCCACUCAAAGAGCAGAUCCAGGCACUUGUUAGUGAUGAGAGGGUUGAGGAGGCCUUACUGCUGCUGGAUGGAGUUCAAGGCCAUCGUCCACUUGACUCAUACAAGGAGCUGCAGAAGGAGAUCACUUGCCUCGCUGGAUUUGUUCAUUUUUACCAGGAGGGUUUUUCUGAGGCCAGGGAUCUAUUCAUUACAGGUGAGCUGGACCCCAGAGAAAUCAUCCGCCUCUACCCUGAAAUCCAGUCGUGUCUCAGCGAGGAAUUCCAAUCCCAGCUUGAUCAAGUGAACAAGGGCAGGGAUCUCCAGCUGCUCUGCAGAGAGAACAGGAGCACAUUUCAUCAUUACCUGGCCUUCCUGGGAGAUUUUCUUAGAGCAGUAAGGGGAACGGAGCAAGGCCUGGAGUGCAGUAAGGAGGUGGACUGCGCCCUCCUGGGGCUGUACACAGAACUGGGAGAUACUGAAAAUCUGCAGCAGCUCCUGGCAUUUCCCAAUGAGUGCAGGCUGGACCACUGUGCUCCUGUUUUGGAGCAACACAGCAGAUAUUUUGCAUUGGGUUCCCUCUAUCAAAGCCACGGAAAUCACAUUGAUGCAAUUAAGACCUGGGUGAAAAUUGCAGAUGGCCUCCACAAAGACCUGUCUCGCUCAGAUGUAUAUGGACACAUAGUGUGGGCUCUCAGUCAACUGCAAGACAAAGAUGCUGUGUGGAAAUUUGCAGACUGGACUCUUCAAAAGAACCAGGAGAUAGGGGUGCAGAUUUUCAACAAGCGUCCACCAGAUGAUCGAUUUGACACACAAGACGUCCUUGCUCUCAUGGAGAAGUACCCGCUGGCACUGGUGUUGUAUCUUGAGUUCUUAAUCCAUGAUUUGAACAGCGAGGAGGAGAGACUUCACAACCGUCUGGCCCUGGCAUAUAUUACCCAGUCGCUCUCAGAGGAAGAGGAAUCAGUUUUGAGGAAGACGAGAGGGAAGCUGCAGCAGCUGCUAUGGGAAUCCAAAUUUUAUGACGUGUCCACUGUAUAUGAGAGAGUUGAGUUGGCAACCCUGCACAUAGAGAAAGCCAUUCUCCUUGGUAGGACCGGUGGACACUUUCAGGCACUGCAGGUGCUGGUCCACCAGGAGGGAGACCUCCAGGCUGCAGAGGCCUACUGCUGCAGGGCUGCCCAGGGCCGGGACACGCAGUUCAGGCAGACGCUGCUGCUCACUCUGCUCCAAAUCUACCUGAGCUCUGAGGAUCACAGAAGCGCUGCCGUGGAUCUGCUCAACAACAAUCCUCGGGUUCUUGCGGCAGAGAAGGUCAUCCAGCUUCUUCCUGAUUUCUGGUCUGUUCAACUGGUCUCCCAGUUUUUAGUUGGAUCCCUCAGAGAAACAGUCCACCAGAGGCGCAUGGCGAAGCUGCAAAAGGCUUUGGGCCAGGUAGAGCUCAUGCGGCACAGAGUCAUUUGGAUGCAGGCCUCAAAAACAAAGUUCAGGCUGGAUAAGGGGCAGAAGUGUAAGGUUUGUCAGAGAGACCUUACAGAGCCACAGUUUGCCUGUAACCUCACUGGUGAGCUGAUGCACACAGGCUGUCCUGGUUUUUCCUCAUCGUAAAGACAUCGACCGAUAUAGCAAACUACUGUAUGUUUAUGCAAAUAAUGAUUCCUACCCGAUCAUUUUUCUAGUUUACACUGUAUCAUCAAGACAAACUCUGUACAAGUAUGCAAUUCAUGGACUUAAGACGACUUUAAUUACAAUAAAGAAAAUACAUUGUGUAAAUAACUGGUUUCAAGAUGCAAAAGAGCAAGCAGUGCACUUUUUCAGGGCGGCAUGUCUGAGCCAUUUCCUAGAAACAUUGUAGACAGCAAUAGCUAUAAAGUGGAGGAUAUUCAGGGGCAUAUAUUCACUGAUCAGACAGUGGUGUUUAUCAUGGAAACCACCUGUGGUCAAUCUGAUGACCAAUAGGAAUUUCCUCAUCCUGCAUGGCUGUAUAUAUGCAUCAUGGUUUCCACUGUGUAUAUUUGUCUGCGUAAAGCUGAAAAUAGAAAUUCAACAACUGAGAAGUUGCACAUGAGAGAGUUUUUUAUUCAGCUUGUGCAUUAAUAUACAUUUAUGACCACCCAAAAGAAACACAAUUACAGGUUUAAAAAUGAAAAGCAAACAAGUUGAGGAAGACAUGUCUGUACUGUGUAUGGAACAUAAAAUCAGAAUCCAUUUUUACCAACAUCAGCCCUAUAUCUUUUAGGCAGCAUAACAGACAUGUAGGAUACUUUAAUAAUGACACACAAACUCCAGUAUGUCCACAUACAGUAUGGAAAUCCUGUAUAGCCUUUAACCUUAAUGUUUAUCAUUAACAUCUUAAGGCCUAUCCCUAAAAUAACAACCAAAAAUGAAUCAAACUCAUAUGCCCAUUUCUCAUUUCCUUUGAAAGGUAAAAUGUCAAUUAAUAUGAAUCCAUUGUAAGUCAACCUAUUUCUAUUACCACUGCAGAGAAAAUGAAGAUGCAAUAAAGGAAAGAUUUUUAUCCUU